AUGUCAUAUCAGAUCACUCCAACUCGCGAUUUGAAAGUGAUUACAGAUCAGUUGCAAACACUUUCCUCAUACGUCUUCCAUACGAAUAUUGCUGAUGAUUUAAACUCUUUACUAAUAUGGAUGAGCCCUAAUGAUCCCAAGAGUAAUCAUCAACUACGCCCUCCAAGUCUUCGUAUCAAAAAUAUCAUUAAGGUUCUCUUCCCCAAUAAUGUAUCUACUUCCUCAUACGGCGUCAUAAAUUCCGGUCAAACAAUCAACGCAGUGGCUGGUGAAGGGAAUACGAACAAAGAGUUGCAACUACAACUUCUAUCGACGCUGAAAGAGUACUACGUUUUCCAAGUUCGAUAUCAUUUUUUCCUUCGCUUUAAUGAUAUUAUUUAUUUGAAAGAUAUUCAGCGAUGGGAGAAUUAUUAUGAGUUUCCCUUACGUUACGUUCCUAUUUUUGAUCUAAGUGUCAACGAUUGGUCCCUCGAACUUAAUUCUCUAAGGCACUAUAUGUUGAAUAGAAAUAUAAAGUUCAAAAAUAACUUGAGAGUAAGAUUGAACAAGUUGAUAAUGGAUGAUGAUUUUGACUUAGCAGGUAAUUUAAUUCGAUGGCUGAACUUUGCCAAUGGCUCACUAUCUUCUAUGGAGCUGAUAGUGAACGCCCUUUUCAAUAAAAUUGAGAAAUUCUGCGAAGCUAACAUGAGUGGAGUUUGGAACAAAAGGUUUAUGAUUAUGGAGACAUUUAAUAAAUUUAUCAACCAAUACUGGUCUCAAUUUUGUGAAUUGAUCUGUUGUCCUGAGGAUGAUCACGAAUUGACCACUACUGUGUUCAACUGUUUUGAAUCGAACUUUCUUAGAAUAAGAACGAGAGAAAUCUUCGACAUUUGUGUUCUUGCCUAUCCCGAUUCAAAGGUAGCUUUAUUGGAAUUGAAGAAGAUCAUGAAAGAUUUCAAAGAUUAUACAAAUAUUGUUACGAAAUUUUUGUCGGAUUUCAAAAAAUACAUUUUAAACCCUAGCAUAACCACCGUGGAUGCUUUGUUGAGGUAUGUCAAAACUAUUAAAGCAUUUCUGGUCUUGGAUCCAACGGGAAGAUGUCUACACUCAAUAAUCACAUUCGUCAAACCUUAUUUUCAGGAACGAAAGCAUCUAGUAAACGUAUUGCUAUAUGCAAUGCUGGAUUUACCUGAGGAAGAACUGAAGGAGAAAAUUACCUUCAAAGUAGAUAUGAAGGCACUACUCUCCCUUGUGGACAUUUUGCACGAUUAUGAUAUUGGUCAAAAUACAGAUGCUCACAAAAGCAAGGACAAGAAUAAAAGAAGCCCAUUUUUGUGGAACCUGAAGGUCAAAGGAAAGAAGGAGACGAAUGAGGAUCCCCUAGCAAGACAAACAAUGCUAUACGAACAUGUUCUUAAUCAUUAUUUGACUUGGGUUCCAGAACCUAAUGAUAUUAUUCCUGGUAGCGUUAAAUCAAGUUAUAUCAAGACGAAUUUAUUUGAAAUACUUUUAGAUCUUUUCGAAUCCCGGGAGUUCUUUAUAUCGGAGUUCCGAAAUCUCUUAACUGAUAGGUUGUCCUCUUUGAAGUUCUAUAAAUUGGAUGAUAAAUGGUCGCAAUGCUUAAAAUUAAUAAGAGAAAGAAUAGUCAAGUUCACAGAAACGAAUCAUGCUAACUAUAUUACAAACGGGAUAUUAGGACUACCUGAAACAACAGCUCCUGCUGCAGAUGCAGACCAAUCAAACCUCAAUAGUAUUGAUGUUAUGCUAUGGGACAUUAAGUGUAGCGAAGAGCUCUGCCGUAAAAUGCAUGAAGUAGCUGGAUUAGAUCCAACUGUAUUCCCAAAAUUUAUUUCUCUCUUAUAUUGGAAACAUAACGGUGAUACUCAAAACCCUAAAGACUCGAAAUUUCGUAUACCAGCAGAUUUAGAAAGGGAACUGCAAAAAUACUCCGAUAUUUACUCACAAAUGAAACCAGGGAGGAGACUACAACUAUGCAAGGACCAAGGGAAAGUAGAAAUGGAGCUGAGCUUCAGAGAUGGCAGAAAAUUGGUACUGGAUGUUUCAUUAGAACAAUAUAGCGUAAUGAACCAGUUUAACUCUACAAAUGAUGAGCCAAUUAAUUUAUCACUGAAGCAACUAUCGGAGUCGUUGAAUAUCACAACAUCUAAACUCCUUCAGUUGCUAAAUUUCUGGAUCCAAAAGGGCGUGCUUUCAGAAGAAGGAGAAGUGUAUUCUGUUAUCGAAUACAGCGAUACAGGAUUUAGCCAAACUCAGAAAGACGUUCUGAUGAAGAAUGUAAACAAUAAUAAUGAGCUACGUGACGAGUCUGAGGUGGAGAAGAAAUGUGAAUUAACGCUACAAAGAAGUCUACCAUUCAUUGAAGGAAUGUUGGCCAACUUGGGUGCCAUGAAGCUUAACAAGAUUCAUUCGUUUUUGAAAAUCACGGUUCCAAAAGAUUGGGGAUAUAACCGAAUUACUCUGCUGCAAUUAGAGAAAUAUUUAAACACACUUACUGAUGAAGGUAAGCUGAAAUACAUUGCCAAUGGUUCGUAUGAAAUAGCAAAAAACGGGCACAAAAAUGCCUGA